UUGGUGAAGAAAGGUGAACUUUCAACCGAAAUUGUACGAAUCUGGCACAUGUAUGUUUCAAUAUUUACUGAUGUGGUAUUUUCUUUCCCUGUGGUACCUGAAGCCCCAGCGGAUGUCAAAUUGGUCACAAAAGGCUCAAAGACGGUAGAUAUAUCCUGGAUGGCUGGUUUUAAAAGAAACAGUACCAUUCAGAACUACACAGUGGAGAUAGGAAUAGAUAAGGAGAACUUUAGCGAUGUUGGUUGUCAAGGAACGCUCUCAAAUGGUUCCUGUGUACUGUCCAACUCCUCCACAAGUGCUUCUCUCACAGGGCUUUUUCCUUUUACAAAGUACUUUAUCAGAGUGUUUGCAACAAAUGCAGUUGGCAGCAGCAAAAGCAGUUCUGUUGUGAAUGUUACUACAGAUGAAGAAGGUACUUUCAGGUUCAUUGUUUCCCUAUUGGUAAUGACACAGACUAAAUAAUGAAAAGCUCAAACUGUCAGUAAAGGGGGUGUAUCUCGAUCGUUGUUUUAGGGGACUUAUUUUUAUUCUUUUGGCUGGAAAUUAAAUUUUGUCCAAAAGUAAUCACUUCCACGCGAUAUUUUGUGAAUGUUACUGGAAAUGAACAUCACCCACUGGAAUAUUGCUUUAAACACUCUUGCCUCUCCUUCUCAGUCACUUUGUUCUGAUAUACCUGUGAUAAACCUUUGAUAUACCUUUAAACGGCCGUGUAGCUAGGUAACAUUUUUCAACAUCGAAGAUUGCAUGACAACAUUGCAUUAUGGUGUUGCCUUUAGAACCCAGUAGCUCGCCACAAAGUGUUCAAGCUAGCUCCAAAAAUUCCACAAGUGUCUCUGUAAGCUGGGCAGCGGUCGGUAAGGACCAUCGUAAUGGAAUCAUCAAAGGAUACAAAGUAAUUUAUCAAGCGUUACCGGAUGGGAAAAACGCUAUAAGGUUCAUCAACAUCAGCAAUAAGCAUCAAGAAAAAGAGCAAGACAUAACUUUGGGCGAUCUCGUCAAGUUUACCAAAUACAGCGUCAGGGUGUUAGCAUUCACUGUUGUCGGAGAAGGACCACUGAGUAAAGUCAAAAUUGUUCAAACACAACAGGACAGUAAGUUACACUCCAGUAGACACUUUAGGCUUUCCCAUAAAAUGACAUUUCCAGUAAACAGUCUAAAUUUCACGAAAUAUUCCUGCCCCAAUAAAAAAAAUUCACUUGAGCCAAUACUAUUGUUAAUAAAUUUUCCAAGCACUUCGCACAUGCUUUGACGUUUUCUACCAAUCAAAUUCGCCUUAAUCGACUUCACCCAAUCACGUGUCAUUUCCUUAUAUACAUCUGUAUUUUAUCACGUAUUCCACACGCAGGGGGCAAAGUCCAGAUAAAAGACAGCUCCCCCACCUCCCCCAACGUUGUAAUGCCCACGUCAAAGCCUUUGAGAGAUGAUUAUUUCUUCUUCGUUCAAUGUAUUCCCACCUAUUCGAAAAACGUAGAACGCGAUAUAACUUUGGCUAAGGUCUCCUGGAGAUAAAAUAGAGUUUGCUUUCCGCAUCAAAAAAACGCUCCUACCGAAGCCCCAAUUAUGAGGGCCUACUCGCAAGAGAGCGAAGUCUUAUUUGCAACCGAUGCUUGAUCUCGUCACGCUACGCGGGAAAAAGCGCGUCGCGUGACGAGACCAAACAAGGGCUGCGAAAGAGACUACAGAAAGCGUGACACCAAAUCUAGUUCAUUUCUGCUUAAAAUUGUACAGACAUCAGUAACAACAGACAACAGAAUACUUGUGUCUGAGUUUAUUUCAUUUAAAUUGGAAGGGUCUUUUUUUCUCUCUAUCGAAGGUGUUUUGGAAACUUUAAUUUCUUUUACAAAAAUGAAAAAAAUCAGUUAUUCAAAUUUCGCCAUUUUAACUUAUCCAUCCCAAGAAAAAAAACUUUUCCAUGCGUGGCAUGCCUUUGUUUAUAUAAAGACAGGGAAAUGUUUGCACGUGAUUAAAACUUGUAUUUGAACGAAUAUAUUAAAUUAUAUCAAAGGAAUGUUAUAGAGUGGUAAUCGAUCCUGGUGUCGUGCAAUUUCUUUCCGAAACCAUCCGUUUGAUUUCAAAUCGAACUCACGCUGCGCACAAGUUCAAUUUUGAAAUCACGCAUAUGACUCAGACCGAAUUGCAUUCCAUUCGCUUACCAUUACCAUCAGGGGUACAUUCUUUAUUUCUUUUAAAAAUUACACCUGAAAUAAUUUAAUUUCGCUCCUUAAACUUUCCUUUCAGAACCUUCUGCUGCUCCUUUAAAUGUGAGAGGACAUAACACCAGCUCAACCAGCAUCUUAGUAGUGUAUGGUGAUGUUCCAGCUUUUGAUCAGAAUGGUAUCAUCACAAAUUACACCAUUACUUACCGUUCACUAACAGAGGGUCACAAUGGGAGUGCUAUAGCUGGCCCCAAUGACCGUCAAAAGGAAUUAACAAAUCUUAGAGAGUACGUCGAUUACAACAUCACAGUACUUGCGUCGACUUCGAAAGGAGAUGGACCACAAAGUAGCCCUAUUCUUGUCAGUACAGACGAGGAUAGUAAGUACUGUUCUUUUCCAAAUCGCUUGUCUAUGAUAAACGUUUAGCCUUAUGUAAGGUAAUCCGGAUUCCGGAAUCCAGGAAAUUUUUGCAUGUGGAAUCCGGAUUCCGGAAUCCAGGAAAUUUUUGCAUGUGGAAUCCGGAAUACUAGGCAUUGGAAUCCAGAAUCCAGCUUUUGGAAUCCAGAAUCUCGCUAAAGAAUGAAUCCAGAAUCCAUUCGCUGAAAAUCUAUUUCAAAUUGCAUAAAUGGCUUUCACGCGCACGCAUCCAUGCAGACCACGCAAACCGUGCAAACCAUGCAGACCGCGCUUUGUUCGCCGGAGAAUUUCGCGAUUUUGUUUUGCCUCGUAAAAUUUCGUCAUGUGGUGUCCAAAACUUGGAAACAGUUCAUACGUUACCCAAAGAAGAAAAAGGUGUACACACCUGAAUCAUGUGCAAAUCACAGUUAAAAAAAAAAACAACAAAAAGGUGCACAGCCUGCUCGGUCUGCAACCGCUGUACAGUGCAGUUCAUUCACUUUGUCGAUGGGUAUGUAAAUUUAGAGGGACUAAAGAGAUUGUCUACAUAACAACAGCGUCCAAAUCCCACAGGAUUUACUUGGAUUCCAACAUAGCGACGGUUCACACAUUAAAAACCUUUAGAAUCGUUGCUCUGGAGAAUGUGACUUGACUUGGCUGGCCUUAUAAAGAAAGGAAAAAGGAAGUAUAGAAAAGAGAAUCUGUUAUUCUUGAAAAAUUACCGUGUAAAUGCAGAUCUUUCGCGAUUUUGCAAAGAUUUUAGUAAAGUUGAGUUGGUUGAACACCUUUUUAUGCGCAAACUCAUAAUGACGAACAUCAUCGCCAAUUACAUAUAGGAAAACAAGCUUUUCUUAGUCAUAGUCUGCUAUUUAUUUACGACAUACACAGGGUGUUAUUAAAAUUAUAUCUCAGUUUAAAUUUCUCGUCAAUACUCUGGUUUUUGAUUAAAAGGAAAGUUAAAAAAGUAAUAUAGCUGAUAGGGAAAUAUUUUCGAGCUGUUUUGUUGACAGUUCUCCAUGAAGUCAAUUUUUAAUUAUAAAAAUUGGCCACCUUUUUCUAGCCGGAACCAUGUUAUUCUGUGCUAAAACAAUUAAUUUAUAAAUUAAAAACGAUAAGCAAUGAUUUGAUCUAUUAGUUCUUUUGAUACCUCUAAAUCACUUGAAGAACUUCGAGGAACCUGAAUGAAAGAAAUAUGGUGGACCUCUUCAGAGUUGCUAAAAAGAAUCAAUAAACAUUGGACUUAAGAGACGAACAGUCUCAAUAGAUAUUCCUAGAAGAAAAAUUUAUCCCUUAAUUUGCUGUAAUAUAUUUAUUUUAAUUAUCAAAUAUUGUUAUGGAAAUAUGAAUAGACAAACAUGCAUUCUCAUAACAUGUCCUUCAAUAACGAUAUCCACCAUUGAAGUCAUUCUUAGAAAACGAAAUGCAAAAAAUUAGAAGCAAACGAGAAACUAAAAUCUGGAAUCUUUUGUGUUUUGGAAUCCGGAAUCUGCACAGGUAGAAUCCGUAAUCCAGCACCUGGAAUCCGGAAUCCACAGCAUGGAAUCCAGAAUCUAAUACUGUCCUGGAUUACCUUACAUGGGGCGAAAUGUUUUAUACCCAACAUCAGUAUGCAUAUUAUCCUUACUGUUCCUCAUACGUAUACAAAAGUGCUGACAAGGAGAAGUUGUUGCAAAAUCAAGAGCCUCUCUGGCUGGAGAUCGUUUUCUUUAUUCUUGUGACUUCAUUGUUUGAUUCAGGGGUGAAACUGUAAUGAAAAAUCAGAUGCUAGUCACUCGUAUGGGUUAAAGAGUUUAGGCUGAUCAUCACGUUCACCCUUCGGUUGUUUGCUUUUAAAAAUGAAAAUAAUUUAAAGUGUGGUCUAUAAAACUGCACCCUAAAGGAAAUUCUAAGCGUGACUGAUGACCCAGAGAAAUUCUGGGUCUUUUGGUGGCCCUUUACCUAAGUCUAAAUUAACAAAAUGAAAAUCCUGUCAAGUUCACGCUCAAAAAAAAAAAAAAAAAAAAAAAGAAAUUCUCAUUAAAAAUGUUUCUCCCUCUCUCUCUCUUAAAUAAACCAUCUCGCUUUCAAAUGGUCAAACUACAGUAAUAAAAUGAAUAACAAAGAAGCCAUUGCGUGGAGAAAAAUGGACAAAUAUUAUUUCCUACAGUUGUUGAAUAAUGGCAGGGAGAGGUUUGCACUUAUUAAAAACUUAUAAAGUGGUAAUUGAUCUUGGUAUUCAAUUUCGUUCCGAAAUCAUCGUUUUGAGAACGUUCAAUUUUUGAAUCACAGGUAUCAUUGAGUCCAAGUUGCAUUCGGCUUACUUCAGUUACCAAUAUUAAUUGAUCAAUUAACAGUCAGGAGUGCACUCUUCUCCGAGUCCUGUAAUGGUUUUACUACAAGUCAUUUGUUUUAAAAAUUACCACGGAAUUUAUUUGAGGCCCGUUUCCUGAACUUUCCUUUCAGAACCUUCUACUGCUCCUUUAAAUGUGAGAGGACAUAACACCAGCUCAACCAGCAUCUUAGUAGUGUAUGGUGAUGUUCCAGCUUUUGAUCAGAAUGGCAUCAUCACGAGUUACACCAUUACUUACCAGUCACUAACAGAGGGUAACAAUGGGAGUGCUAUAGCUGGCCCCAAUGACCGUCAAAAGGAAUUAACAAAUCUUAGAGAGUACGUCGAUUACGAAAUCACAGUACUUGCGUCGACUUCGAAAGGAGAUGGACCACAAAGUAGCCCUAUUUUUGUUAGUACAGACGAGGAUAGUAAGUACUGUUAUUUUCCAAAUCUCUAGUCUGUGAUAAAUGGUUUACAUCCAACAUCAGUAUGCAUAUUCUCCAUACUGUUCCCUUUACAUAUGCAAAGGUGCUGACAAGGAGAACUUGUUGACCAAUCAACAGCCUCUUUAACUGGAGAUCGUUUUCUUUAUUGUUGUGACUUUAUUGUUUGAUUCAGGGGUGAAAUUGUAAGGAAAAUUAGAUGAUAGUCACUCUUAGGGGUUAAAUGUCUAGACUGAUGUUUACGUUGCUUUUAAAGAUGAAACUAAUUUAAAGUGUGCUCUACAAAACUGCAUCUCAAAGGAAAAUCUAACCGUCACUGAUGACCCGGAGAAAUUCUGCGUCUUUUGGAAACUCUUUACCUCAGUCUAAGGUAGCAAAAUAUAAAUUCUUUUAAGUUCACACUCAAAAUAAAGGAAAGAUUCAAUUCUCAUUGAAUUUUUUCCCUCUUUUCCUCUCUCCCUUAAAUAAACCAUCUCGCUCUCAAAUGGUGAAAUGAUUAAACUGCAGUAAAAUGAAUUACAAAGAUUCCAUUGCGUGGAAAAAAACAAAGACAAAUGUUAUUUCCUACGGUUGUUGAAUAAUGCCAGGGAGAGGUUUGCACUUAUAAAAAACUUGUGUUUGAGUGGUUGAUUUUAUGAUCUCAAAAGGGAUUUAAUAAAGUGGUAAUUGAUCUUGGUGUUCAAUUUAGUCCAGAAAUCAUUCUUAAAAUUUCAAUGCGGACUGGUAUUUUGAGUCCAUUCAAUUUUGAAAUCACGCGUAUGUUUGAGACCAAAUUGCAUUCAGCUUAUUUCAAAACUUUCCUUUUAGAACCUACUGCUGCUCCUUUAGAUGUGAGAGGACAUAACACCAGCUCAACCAGCAUCUUAGUAGAGUGGGAUGAUGUUCCAGCUUUUGAUCAAAAUGGUAUCAUCACAAAUUACACCAUUACGUACCGGUCACUAACAGAGGGUCACAAUGGGAGUGCUAUAGCUGGCCCCAGUGACCUUCAAAAGGAAUUAACAGAUCUUAAAGAGUACGUCGAUUACGACAUCACAGUAUUUGCGUCGACUUCGAAAGGAGAUGGACCACAAAGUAGCCCUAUUAGUGUUAGUACAGACGAGGAUAGUAAGUACUGCUCUUUUCCAAAUCUCUUGUCUGUGAUAAAUGGUUUACAUCCAAAAUCAGUAUGCAUAUUCUCGAUACUGUUCCCUUUACAUAUGCAAAGGUGCUGACAAGGAGAACUUGUCGAUCGUUUCCUCUAUUCUUUUGACUUAAUUGUUUGAUUCAGGGGUGAAACUGUAAGGAGAAAUUAGAUGCUAGUCACUCUUAGAGGUUUAAGGGUUUAGACUAAUGUUUACGUUCACCCUCCAGCUGAUUGCUUUUAAAGAUGAAAAUAAUUCGAAGUGUGCUUUAAAAAAUUGCACCUCAAAGGAAAUUUAACUGUCACUGAUGGCUUGGGAAAAUUCCAUGUCUUUUGAAAGCUCUUUAUCUCAGUCUAAAUUAAAAAAAUGAAAGUCCUGUUACGUUCACAUUAAAAAAAAUGAUUCUCAUCUAAUUUUUUUUACCUCCCCCUCUUCCUUAAAUAAACCAUCUCGCUUUCAAAUGGUGAAAUGGUCAAACUGCAAUAAAAUUAAUCACAAAGCCAUUGUGUGGAGAAAAAUACGGACAAGUAUUAUUUCCUACAGUCGUUGAAUGAUGGUAGGGAGAGGUUUGGACUUAUUAUAAACUAAUAAAGCGGUAAUGCAUCUUGGUGUUCAAUUUUAUUCCGAAAUCAUCGUUUUCAGUACGUUCAAUUUUGAAAUCACGGGUACGAUUGACACCAAAUUGCAUUCAGCUCACUUCAGUUACCAUUAUUAAUUGACCAAUUAACAGUCAGGAGUACACUCUUAUCCGAGUCCUGUAAUGAUUUUAUCACAAGUCAUUUGUUUAAAAAAUUACCUCUGAAAUAAUUUAAGGCCUGUUUCUUGAACUUUCCUUUUAGAACCUGCUGCUGCUCCUUUAGAUGUGAGAGGACAUAACACCAGCUCAACCAGCAUCUUAGUAGAGUGGGAUGAUGUUCCAGCUUUUGAUCAAAAUGGUAUCAUCACGAAUUACACCAUUACUUACCGGUCACUAACAGAGGGUCACAAUGGGAGUGCUAUAGCUGGCCCCUAUGAUCGUCCAAAGGAAUUAACAGGUCUUAGAGAGUACGUCGAUUACGACAUCACAGUGCUCGCGUCGACUUCGAAAGGAGGUGGACCACAAAGUAGCCCUAUCCUUGUUAGUACAGACCAAGAUGGUAAGUACUGUUCCUGGACAACCUCUCCUGUCCACGUUUAAGACUGCUGUUAGUGUUUACCCUCCAGUUAUAGCUGGAAGGUAUUGUAAUUUAAUUUCUUAGCUGUCUCUCUCGGGCUAAGACCCACCUUUGACUAGGACGAACGUUAUUUUUUUUAGCAUCCACAAAUUUUUUUUCAGAUUUCGUCAGUUCUAAUCCGUGUCAAUCCUCGCCAUCUGUUAUUAUCUUUGUUUUUCUCUCCGGUUUUUUCUUAUCCUCUGAUGUUUUUUAAAGUAAAAUAUCUCUUUCAAAGCAUCCGAGAAUUUGCUUUACGAAUUUAACUCCAAGACUCAGCAAAUGGCCUUUCAUUAUCUUACCGUGACACCGCCAACAUGGUGAAGAUAUGAAAUAAUGAUUUUCAUGCCACCGAUUUACAGAACCCAGUGCUGCCCCUCUUAACUUACGUUCAAUUAAUGCGACUUCAACAAGCAUUCUUGUCAUGUGGGAUGAAGUUUUGCCUGAUGAACAGAAUGGUAUCAUUAUUCGUUACAACGUCAGCUAUCAGGCGAUACCAGAAGCUGGAUCUGCUGGGCCUAUUUAUACGAUUAUAGUAAAGGCUCCCACAAGGCAGGUCUACCUGACCGUCCUAACAAAGGACAUGUAUUACAACAUCAAUGUGUUGGCCUCCACAAUCAAGGGCGACGGGAUUUACAGCAGCCCAAAGACGUUCAGAACAAAAGAAGACAGUAAGUCCGUAUUUUUCAAUUACGUAACCUUUGAAAAUUAACUCACGCGAUAUUGAUUUCUCUAACCAAUUGUAAGAUGCGACAACAUCAUAAGGAUCGGGUUGGGUCCGCUUCCGAGUAGAACGGUUUUCGUAUGGAUACAUUAAGAUACUGGUUAAAUCCAGCGGGAGAUGUACAAUUGAGGCGUACUAUUUCACGCAUUUCACUUGAUUAAAAUCAAUUGUUGAAUAUGACACAAGUCAAUAUGAUAGCAAGUGGGAUUUACCUCCGAGUAGUCACAGAGACAAAAUUCGAGUCAAAGAGUUUAAUUUUUGACCAUUAUACCGUAUAUUGACAGAAAUAACCUAAAAGUUUUGUUCGUAUGUCGGAGAUAGUGUUGAACAUCUAUCGCUACUUCCAUAUUUCUCUGUCUUUACAUAGGGCCCAGUGCACCUCCUCAGAAUGUAAUAGGUUAUAACACCAGCUCGACCAGCAUUAGAGUUACAUGGAAUGAGGUGCCGGAAGACAAAAAACACGGUGAUAUCGAAUACUAUACUAUAUUGUACAAAAAGAUGACAGAUAUCAGUUAUGAGUCAGUACCAAUUACACCAAUGUCUAGAAGGUUUAUUGAGCUAAAGGGACUUAAUAUGUACACAUUUUACGACAUCAAGGUCUCAGCUGCUACACAUGUAGGGAGUGGACCAGCAAGUGAUCCUAUCAAGGUCCGUACAGACCAGGAUGGUAAGUAAAAGAAGACUUUCGAUAAAUACCUCAGCGGCUAAAACUCUGGAAAAAAAGAGCAGAAGAUUCUGAUUUAUGACAUAAUUUUAUGUGCGGAUUUGGCUUUGGUAUAGUUACCAUACAAAUUGUCAUUUGGGGACAGGAAAUACGGUUAAGUGUGUUUACUUGCUUUUCUGCAAUAACCGUUGGUGGAAGUGUCUGGUAGAAGUAUGCCAAAAGAGCUCCAUGCUCUAAACAUUGUGAGGUGUCAUGACCUCAAAUGACAAUCAUGGUUUAGUUAUCAUUUGUGAGGUGUUUCACAGUCGGUACGAAGUCUGAAGGAUAUGUGGAAUUUGACUUUUGCUUCGUGGUUUAAAAGGAGACACAGGGGUGUUAAAAGAUUUUUCGUUAUUCAAACCCAGCUGAGAUUAUUAAAAUAGAUUUUGAGGAGGGGCAGUAAAUUCCUCAACUUCCUCCUUCUAUGAUCAGUAUGAAAAGUCAUCCCCAAUUUUCAGUGAUGCUAAACAGUAACGAAGUGCAGCAACUAUGCGAAGAUCGAUCUGCUUUCCAAGUUCUGCUUUCGCUAUGUAGCCAGUGUUAAUAAAAGUCCCCCUUUCUCCUGUUAAGGAAUCAAUUUAUCUCUCAUUAGCCUUAAAGCUUUUCCAGUUGUAACUCAUAACAGAUGCGAGAAAAAAAAAUGAUAAUAAGUAAAUGUCCUGUCUUUUUUUUACAGUGCCUUCUACGGCUCCUACAUUAGUGUCUGUACAAACACUGAACAGCACUAGCAUACAAGUUAAAUGGUUGGCAGUUCCUGAAGAAUCCACACACGGAAUUCCAACCAGAUACACCAUUUAUUACGCAUACUCCGAUGGGAAGGUGGAUACUAAGGUUGUAACACCUGUUAAGGAUCCCAUCACUUAUCAAGAAGUUGUGUUUGGUCUUAAGGAAUCUACUGUGUAUUCAUUCCAAGUUUCGCUUUCAACUGCAAAAGGGGAAGGUCCCCUAAGU